AUGAUCAGAGUGUUGGAAAUACUCACUCAACCGAAUUUCAAGUUGUUCCACCAUCAAAUCCCGGCCAAGAGGUCAGGAAACGAGGGUAAGGAUGACUCUCCUGAUACUGGAGUAAAGAACAACAAUAGCUUUGACUCCGCGUCAGAAGUGCAGUCUGAAACUACACAAAUGAAACCAAAACCAGAGGUCCGUGACCAAGCAAAUACUGUGGACCAUGGUACCGUCGCUCUACCUUCACAAGUUAUCUCCGGGAACCCACUACAAGACAGACCCAAAUCCCAAGUCAUGGCUGAAGAGCCCGAGCCCGAUGCUGCUCGAGAGACGUACUUGGAGCCUGAGAAACCAAAAACUGUAGCGUCAAAUACUGAAAGUAUCCCAGAAGCCCCCGAAACCGGGGAAAGCUACAGCCAGGAUAAAGAGGUAACACCAGACACAUCGCAUACAGAAGCUGCUCUUGCACAACAGAGCGUAACCAUGUCAGCUCCUGUCGAACCGACUCCAACUGACACAGUCAAAAAAGCCGGAGCUCAGCAAAUGCAGUCCCUCCAUCCAUUCGCGACAAAGAACAAGGCGCAAGCAAAGAAGGAAAAAGAGACCAAGAAGAAGCAGCAGAAGAAGGAGGAGGCUGAUCGAGUUGCCAAGGUCAAGGCCAAUAAGAUUGUAUCUUUGAAGAAAGCGAAGAUUGCCACAGAUCCACAGCGAGAGCUUGAUACGUCCAUGGGUUCAGCCAACUUAUCCAUAGCCGGAGAAGCACACUUUGAUGUAGAUGCAGCUGGUGCAAAAACCGAGAAGCAUACUCCUGAGGAGAUGGAGAAGUCCAAAGGCCGAACUAAGGCGAAGUCUACUGACGUUAAUACGGAAGACAAUCAAAAGAAGGUGAAUAAGGCAGAUGAGAGUGUCCAAUAUCCAGCAGUCGAGCAGGUCUUAUCAACCGAGCCUGAGCAGCAACUCGAUUCUAAGUCUCCCCUCUCGCCACAGGUACUGAGUUCCACUUCUGUGUCAAAGACAGCCAUCUCCCCCAACACUCAGUCUCAUGAUGAAGCAAAGUCUUCCCACAAAGAUUCUACUACUCCUGCUACUCACGAACCGGAAUGCGAAACAGGAUCAGACAGAAAGCCAUUCACAUCAUUGCUGGUCAUUCCAACUCCGUCUACAGAGAAAUCUGAACCUGAUCAGUCCUAUCGUCCGCAAGAUACACCUGAUAGAGAGACUGCCGCCCAGUCUGAGAACGCCUUAGCCGAGACACCCAAAAAGAAGAAGAGGAAAAACAAGAAGAAAAAUAAGAAGAAGAUGCCCGCUUCCGAACUUAGCACCGAUGAUCAAUCUGCAGCAAAUGAACGUGCUCACAAGCCUGUUGUUCCGCAUUCUUGGGACAUGCACAGUUAUGAUCCCUUCACUUCGCAGAUGACCCAUAUCGAAGCCAUCCGAUACGCUGUCAAACAUGAUACUUCAUCCUACUUUGCACGCACCAAUGCACGAAUGGACACGAAAAGGAGGGCGCAAGAGGCCAAUGAAGCAUUGUUGAAUUCACCUCGCACCCUUGUCAGAGGUUCGAAGGUCAUCUUGCGUACUUUGUCCAGCGGAGCGAUGAAGCUUGUGAGAAGGAAGGCGUGA